AUGGUAAAUGAGGACUAUACCAAUUCCCUGGAGUUUGAGAUUGCGGAGGACGAAGAGAAGCAGGUCAAAGAGACCGCCAUCAAGCUGAGAAAGUCAUUACCGGACUUGGAGAGAAUCCUGGAGUUGGUAGAAUGUGCGAUUCAAAUCAUCGAGGACACCAUCAGUGAGCACAAAGACUGCAAAGAGCUGCUGUCCAUUCCCGAAGAGCGUUUUCUCUAUGUCGAGAAGAAUCUUCAGACUCUGCGCUCCAAAGCGAUUUCCUUCAAGACAUAUCAAGAAACACGUAUCAGGAGGAUCAAUGUCUGCUUAUCAACGCUCUCAUCCCUUCUGAGCCUUAGGGCUGACAGCGCCAUCAAAGCGAGCACAGAAGCAAUGACGAGAUUGACAGAAGCCAAUCGAGAGGACAGCGGUAGAAUGAAUGAGAUUUCCAUAGCUACGAAGCUCGACAGCGAGGCUAUGAUCACCAUUGCGAAACUCACCAUGUUCUAUCUACCGUCAACAUUUGUAGCGACACUUUUCAGCAUGGGCAUCUUCAAUUUCGAUUUUGACGAUGGCAAGAAUGGGCGUCUUGUCAUGUCCAGCCAAUGGUGGAUGUACAUCAUUUUUGCGAUCCCUCUCACUCUGGGGACGUUUUACUGGUUCAGAGCGGUUACAAGAUCGCACAAGCAGGCAAGCCAGAAAGCAGAACGAGAAGCCAAGCAGCCUGAAUGA